AGUAUCCAUGGACUCAUUCGGAUCACAAAAACCAUACCAUUCCCCAAAUAAAAUCCACCCACCACAAUCCCCACCGAACUAAACGACAUGCGGUGCACAUACUGCUCGGCGGCGCAGGGGCGGUGCGCCACCACCUCCUCCGGCCGAUCCGUGACGGAGUGCACCUCCUGCGGCCGGGUCGUCGAGGAACGCCAAUCCCAACCGCACCACCUCUUCCACCUCCGAUCCCAAGACUCCCCUCUCUGCCUCGUCACCUCCGACCUCCCCACCCUCCCCACCGCUGCCGCCACCACCGCCGCCGCCGACCCAUCAUACAAAGCCGACGAAGACCCAUUCGAACCCACCGGCUUCAUCACCGCCUUCUCCACCUGGUCCCUCGAGCCCUACCCACUAUUCGCCCAAUCCUCCUUCUCCUUCGCCGGCCAUCUCGCCGAGCUCGAACGCGUCCUGGAGACCACCUCCUCCUCUUCUUCUGGUUCGUCGGUGGUUGUGGAUAAUCUGAGAGCGUACCUUCAGAUCAUCGAUGUGUCGUCGAUACUGGGACUGGACUACGACAUAACAGACCACGCGUUUCAGCUCUUCAGGGAUUGCUCUUCGGCCACUUGCUUGAGAAAUCGGAGCGUCGAAGCACUUGCCACUGCUGCUCUUGUUCAGGCGAUUAGGGAAGCCCAAGAACCCAGAACCCUCCAGGAAAUCUCAAUUGCAGCCAAUUUACCCCAGAAGGAGAUUGGGAAGUACAUCAAGAUACUGGGAGAAGCUCUACAACUAAGUCAGCCCAUUAAUAGCAAUUCCAUAUCAGUUCAUAUGCCGAGAUUUUGCACACUUCUCCAACUCAACAAAUCUGCUCAGGAGCUGGCAACUCACAUUGGAGAAGUUGUGAUCAACAAAUGCUUCUGCACACGCAGGAAUCCUAUUAGCAUCUCUGCAGCUGCUAUAUAUUUGGCGUGCCAACUCGAAGACAAGCGCAAGACCCAGGCAGAGAUAUGUAAAGUAACGGGACUCACUGAGGUCACUCUCCGUAAAGUUUACAAGGAGCUAUUGGAGAAUUGGGAUGAUCUGCUUCCGUCUAAUUAUACUCCAGCUGUCCCUCCAGAGAAAGCAUUUCCUACAACUUCAAUUACCUCGGGCCGUUCUUCAACAACAACCAGAGCUGAUCUAGUUGAAGGAACUUCUUCGGAUAGAGAGAAGCAGUGUGAAAUUAAGCCUACUAAGCCUAAUGAUGUUUUGGACACAGACCAUCAGACCAGAGGAAAAGAAGAGACAGAAGACAAAGGAAAUUCACGUGGAACCCUAACCCCUGCGUUGAAUCAGGCACCAACUUUCUGGCAGCCCCAGCUUCCGUUUGGGUCUUCUGGUACUAGGUUUGCUGGAGAGAAGAAUCAGAAUGUCAGUCAAGAAAUGGAAAUUGACGCGAAGAUUCUCUCUCAAGAGCAAGCGAAACAGGUAGAUAAAGACACGAAGUUUGCUACUAGCUCUCAAAGACCAAGCCAGUUUUUAGUUCCUCCAACUUCAAAUGCGAGUUCCACAGCGUGGCCAUUUCGGUCCUCGGUUUCAUCAGUACCUUCACCUGUUCGAUUUGUGCAACCACCGAAGGUGGCGUCAGGUAUUGCAGAUCUUAAAAGAACUGGAAAUCAGAAUGCGAGUAAAAAUGCUGAUCAGUUUGGAGAUGCAUAGAGGCAGAGCCAAAAUGGUUGUGUUUUUUUUUUUUUUUUUUUUUUUCUUUUCUGAUGUAUAUAAUUGUAAAAUACUCCAUCUGAACUUAUUGUUUGUUGCAAUUUCUUUUAAAUGUUCUUUUCAUGUCUU